GAGGUGAGGACGCCGAGAGCCGUGUGAUAGCCCGAUUCUCGGGAGCCUCGGCUCUCCCGGACCAUGGCGACCCCUGUCCAGCAGCCUCCUCAGUCUGGCGGCGGGAAGCGCAAAGGCAAGGCUCAGUAUGUGCCGGCCAAGCGGGCUCGACGCUGUGACGGUGGCGGGCCCCGGCAACUGGAACCCGGAUUACAGGGCAUUCUCAUCACCUGCAACAUGAACGAGCGCAGGUGCGUGGAGGAGGCCUACAGCCUGCUCAACGAGUACGGAGACGACGUCUACGGCCCCGAGAAGUUUACAGACAAGGAUCAUCAGCCCUCUGGAAGUGAGGGAGGUGAUGAUGACGUGGAGGCUGCUUUGAAGAAAGAAGUUGGUGACCUUAAGGCAUCUACGGAGAUGAGGCUAAGAAGAUUCCAGUCAGUGGAGAGUGGAGCAAAUAAUGUAGUCUUCAUCAGGACACUUGGCAUAGAACCUGAAAAAUUGGUCCAUCACAUUCUGCAGGAUAUGUACAAAACCAAAAAGAAGAAGACUCGGGUUAUUCUACGAAUGUUACCCAUCUCAGGCACAUGCAAGGCUUUCUUAGAAGAUAUGAAGAAAUAUGCAGAAACAUUUUUGGAACCCUGGUUUAAAGCUCCAAACAAAGGGACAUUUCAGAUUGUAUACAAAUCUCGAAAUAACAGUCACAUGAAUAGAGAAGAAGUUAUCAAAGAAUUGGCAGGAAUAGUAGGCAACCUCAAUUCAGAAAACAAAGUGGAUCUUACCAAUCCACAGUACACAGUGGUAGUAGAAAUCAUUAAAGCUGUCUGUUGCCUGAGUGUUGUGAAAGAUUAUAUGUUGUUCAGAAAAUAUAAUCUCCAGGAGGUGGUGAAGAGUGCUAAGGACCCAUCACAGCUUAAUCCAAAGCAGGCAGCACAAGCAGGAAAUGGGAGAGAAGCUAAACUGGAAUCUGGUGACACAUCAAAUCAAAAUGACCCAGCGGAAGGAACAAAUAACCAGCAAGUGGUACCAGCGAAUAGUGGGGAGCUGGAGCAGACAAAACCAAUGUCUGAGACUCAGGUGGUGAAUGAGGGAGGAGCUAAGCCUGAACUUGCAAGUCAAGUCACAGAAGAAUGUGAGUCAAACGGAAAUGACGUCUCAUAGGAAAAAAAAUCAUUUGGUGUUAGAGGUGGGUUUCUGAACUGGGGUUCUGUGAGAUGUUGCUGGGAUUCCAUAUAAAAUUUUGACUGAAAAUAUUAUUUUUGAACUUUGUAUGCUGCAUAAUGCUGUGCUCACAGUAGUGAACGAUGAUUGAGCAGCCCUGUUAACAGUUUUGUUAGAGAUCUUUUCUGCCCUGUGUAACAGUGUGCAGUAGGCUCACAUGCAUUGGGGUGAGCUAGGAGAAGCUGUGGAUAAUUGGUGAACAGUUGCACAGGGAGGGGAGUGGUAGGAGGAGGAUGAUGAUGGCCUGUCCCUCUUGACUACCUUCCCAGCCUCCCUUUCUGCAUUGCCGACUGACUUAAUGCAAGCAAACAAGCUUUGUGACAGAUAAACCCGAAGGGAAGUUCUAAGGAAAGAAUUUUUGUGUUGCAACUCAGCUGUCUCCUACCUCUUUGUUGUAAACAUUGCAAAAACAUGGGUCAUGUAGGUUAGAAGUGAAUUGUUUUGUGACGUGUUUGUACUUUUUGUGAUUUUCUUUAGUUAUUGUGCCAGUUUUUAUAUUUUAUUAACAUUUGUUUGUUACAAACAGAUCUGACGGUCCAGUGCUGCAAUUUUUGAAGGCAAGGUGUGAGAUAGAAGAGAAGCAUUUUAGGUAUAGAACUACAGAUAUUUCUGAUAAGGUUAGUGAUGAAGAAUUACAGUAUUCUGAGUUACUAUAGUAUACUAGUGCUACCAGGGACACAAAGAAAUUGUUUGUUUACAAGGAAAGCUACUUCUCAGUGGCUUUAUAUAGACUCAGUCCAAGCUGUCCUAUUCCAUUGCACAUCGUCUGUGGAAUGCAAUGUACAAACCUAGCAUUUUCUCCAGCAAUUGUAACUAUAAAUCAUAGCCAUUUGAUAAGUAAAGGCGUUGAUUAUUUUAAAUGACUUUUGGCAUGUCUAAAUGGUAAAGCUUUUGUUCAAAAAAAUCACAUUCAGUGAAAAGGUUUAGGAAGCAAAUUAUUUAGUAGCAGAAUUUAUUCCAGAAAAGAAAAAUUCACCUAGUUGGUAAGAAUCUAAUAACACCAACAUUAAAAUGCUAGGUCAAGAAAGAGUACCUGAAAUUGAAAAGACUUUACUCUCAAUUUAAUAGAUUGACUUAUGUCACAUGAUGCUGAAGAGGUUUUGUGUAAUUAACUGAAAGGCAGGAGCUUCUCUGUCUGGGUUAAUGACUCAACAUAUUUCCCAGAUAUUUGUUGUGCUAUAGCAUUUGUAAGAUUUGUAAAUGAUGGUGAAAUUCAAGAAAACUUUUUCUGCUGUUAGGAGCCUCCCUGAAACAAAGGCCAAUAUAAAUUUAAUGGGUCUCCUCCAUAUUUGAAAACCAAAGAUUUGUCAUCUCAAUGCCUAGUGCCCCAUCAGCGGUUCAUUCCAUGACAAGUUUUGGCUCAUUUUAGUAAAAGAAAAUCCUGAUGUUGAUGUUACAGCACACUGCUUGCUUCACAGAGAGGUGCUGAUAUAAAAAACUUGGAGAUGAAAUGAAGAAAGUUCUGAAUAAUGCUACAAAAAUGGUUAACUUUAUUAAAGACCCAUUUAUGCGAGAAUGUUCUAAAAAAAUCAAAAACUAAAACCUGAACGAAGGGCACCUAAAUCUGCUACAUAGAGAAAUCCAGUGGCUUAUCAGAGGAAGAUUUCUCAACAGGAUAUUUGAGUUGAAAAGUGAAUUUCCAGAGUACUUACAAGAAAAUACUAGGUCAGAUUUUGCUGAAUGCUUUGAAGAUGAAGAAUGGCUACAGAAACUAGUCUGUUUAGCAAACAUUUUUCAUUGUAUGAACAAGUUUCUGCAAGGUCCUGGAGAAAAUGUCUUUUCUUAAGUGACGUGAUUCUUAGAUGAAAAAGAAACCGAGUCUUUGGAACAGUCACAUUGCCAAAGGAACUCUUGAAAUGUUUCCACAGCCACUUGGGCUUCAGAAUGAAGAAAGACAGCAACAAGUAUCAAGCCUUACUAAAACUCUCCUUGAAGAGCUGCAAAAUCAAAUCAAAUAGCGUUUCCCCUCUUUUUCCCAACACUGGUGUGUGACUUGAUGAGGAACCCUUUCUCUAAAUGUCCUCAGCCUGAGAUUGUGUCUUUGAGAGAAGAGAAAGAACUCUGUGAGUCCUGGUCUGACAGUUCUGGAUUUCUGUGCAACGACAGUAUCCUUCAACUUAGUGCUCACAUUCACGUGCCUUGAGGGUUCCCUUAAUUUGAAAACUUUUUCAAGGGUUCCUCUAGAGUAAAACUACUGAAUAAGGCUGGAAGAGACAGACACCGAAGAGGGCUGCAAAAUAAGAUGUCCCAAUUCAGAAUAUUAAGGGACUGUGAAAUUAGCUUUUGGAGAUGGGUUUAUUUUUUAAGUUUUAAAAAGUUUGAAAGUCUUAUAAGUGCUAAGACUUCCUGCACCAGUGGCUGUUGGUUUAAUGGCUAGUGAAUGUGGGCAUAUAUUUUUAUCCUAGCUAGUGGUCCUGCUUGGUAAACCAGACUUUAAGGAUUUGGGAGGGGCAAAGAGAAUAGACAGGGCCUUGCUAAUGCAGAUGAGGCUGGCACUUUUUUAUAUAUCUUUAGAUAUUUAGAAAGUUAAUAGGUUGAAGUCAUCCAAAGGGUGAUAAGAGUGUCAUAAAUGUCAUUUGGAGGAUAGGAUUUUGGUGCCUUCAACAGACUUGUCCAAGACAAAAAUACUUGUAUUUUGACAGUGCAAGACUCUGGGAAUAAAAUAGGCUAUAUCCUUAUAGAACAUACAGCUUUGUGGAAUUGGUUUCCUUUUAGUUUGUGAAAGCUGCUAUUCCCCGGAAAGAUUUUGAUUUAAUAGUUUGUUUUUAAUCUCCGUUUGUAUUUAUUGGCGUUUGGUAAGACCUGAGAGUGAUAAAAGCUGUUCUUCCCCAGCUCUCAGGUAUACUGUGUUCUGUUGGAAUCUGAGUUGAUUGAAAGGUUUGUUUUCAGGUUUACCAACUGUUUAUUUUCACUGACAGUUGAGUAUGUUAUUUUAUAAAUGAUGAGAUUCCAAGGUGGGAAUUGAGUGCUUUUUUGGUUCUUUUGAUUCUUAUUUGAAAAAAUUAUGUCAGUCAAAAAAGCUCCACUGUAGUGUUGUGGUUUGGUAAACCUGUUUUGCUCUAUGGAGGGAAGAAUGUUAAAGUUGGUACUUUAAAACAUGUUUCUGUAAGGUUAAACUUGAUUUCUCCAAGUUAUUUUCACUUGUAUUUUGCUUUUGGUAUGGCCACAUAUUCAGCUUGUUUUUCAUAGUUCCUGAUAUUUUUCAGAAAAAUCAAAAUAAAUUUGAUCUGUAAA